AUGCAUUACCAUCAAUCACUCUCACUCGCCAUAUUCGUUGCGGCCGCAGUAGCUGUAACUUUACCUCAGAACGCUGCGAACGGCUUAUGGAUCCUCGGCCGGGAUGAGAAUGGCAAUACGAAGGCCGCUCUAUUAGACACCAACCCCGAGUUGUUUGGAUAUGAAGGUGGCUCCGGUCGUGCAGCCUGGCCUUGGAGAAAGGUCCAAGAUGAACCUCACCUCUCUCCAAGUGCAACACUCAUCCCCGAGCCCGAUACAGCAACCACUACCACAGACACGGUCGUGCCCCGUGCAAGUGGUCGUUGUGGCUCCAAUAAUAUCGACAGCGAAAGUUACUAUCAGGCGUGGGACAGAAUGUGGAACUACUGCAAUACGGAUGGCGCGCUCCCGGCCUACCAGCAUCUGGCGUCCCAGCAGGGGACUGCGAUCGUCUAUAUCUGUGCUCGGGGGCAUCCUUCGAGCUGCACCGGCCGCAACAUGUCAAUCGACCUGCAAUGGGUUCAAGAUGAGUGUCUUGCACAGUCUGGGUGGGUCUACAACGAUGUGUUGAAUCAGGGAGGGCCGUCGAACAAAUAUGGAAGAGAGAUCACGGGGGUUGAGUUUUGCUAG